AUGGACAAGCUCUUCUCCUCGUUUAAAACUACUGACCUUGAAAAGCAAGAUCCGGCGUUUGUUGCCAACGAAGCCAUCUCAAAUGACACUACUAGCGAGGAUGACUUCUCAAAGACGGUAUCCUCCGAGGCCUCCAAUAUCGCUUUUCUCCAAAAAAUCGCUACUCGUCUGAACGCUGAGACACGAGGCAUUGAGCCCGUGAGGGACGACGAAAAAACUGACGCAAAUAUAUGGAACCCUUGCAUGCUAUGGUACUCAGCUAAUUUCGUCAUUUCUGCCUACGCAGUUGGUGCCCUGGGCCCAAUGGUCUUUGGCUUGAAUUUCGGUAUCACUUCUUUGACCAUCGUCUUUUUCAAUAUCAUUGGGGUUGUGCCCGUCGCGUAUUUUUCGCUCUUUGGCCCGGAACUGGGUCUGCGUCAGAUGGUCCUAUCCAGAUACUUGGUGGGCAAUAUCGUUGGCAGGUUCUUCUCGUUCAUUAAUUGUAUUGCGUGUGUUGGUUGGUGUGUGCUAAAUAGUAUUUGCUCUGCCCAGUUGUUGAACAUGGUGAACCUGCACGGUCACCGGUGUCCAUUCUGGGCGGGAAUCAUGGUCGUUGUGCUGGGUACCAUUCUGGUGACAUUUUUCGGGAUAAAGGUCAUCACUGCCUUUGAGAGGUGGUCAUGGGUCCCAAACUUGGCAGUUUUCCUUGUUAUUAUUGCCAGACUACACAAAUCAGGUCAAUUUUCUGGCGGCAAGUGGACCUCUGGACCAACAACCGCCGGUAACGUGCUUUCUCUUGGUUGUGUCGCCUACGGCUAUGCUGGUGCAUGGGCCACUUAUUCCGCAGAUUAUACAGUUUACAUGCCAAGGAACACCAACAAGGUAAAAUUAUUCUUUGGGUUGUGUGUCGCUUUGACUGUUCCCCUGUGCUUCACCAUGAUUCUUGGAGCAGCCGUUGGUAUGGGUGGGGUGAACAAUGCCACUUGGGCAAAAUAUUACUCGUCAAAUGGGAUCGGUGGGUUGACAUACGAGGUACUUGUCCCCAACUCUGUUCAUGGUUUUGGGGAGUUCUGUUGCGUUCUCUUGGCCCUCUCGACCAUUGCAAACAACACUCCAAACAUGUAUACCCUGGGGUUCUCAUUCCAAGCCAUUUGGGAGCCCCUAGCAAGAGUGCCAAGAGCCUUCUGCACCCUCUUUGGGAAUGCCGCUGUAUUUGUUGUAGGCUGUUGUGCCUGCUACUACUUCGACAGCUUCAUGGAGAAGUUCAUGGACACACUGGCGUACUACGGUGCCAUCUAUAUUUCCCUAGGUAUGGCUGAGCAUCUGAUCUUCAGAAAGUGCAGCUUCAAGGCCUACGAUGUCAAGGACUGGAAGACUUUUUCCAAGUUACCCAUUGGCAUUGCUGGUGGUGUUGGCUUUUUUGUCGCUGCCUUUGGGGUGGCUCUUGGUAUGUGCCAGUCGUACUGGGUUGGUGAGAUUGGUCGUCGUAUUGGUAAGGACGGUGGUGAUGUUGGGUUUGAGAUGGGUGCCGCUUGGGGCUUUAUUGCCUAUGUUCUUGUAAGGCCUUUGGAACUAAAGUAUUUUGGUCGUUGA